CUGUCUGUUACAGGGGAUGGAGGAAGCGUCUGCCCUCGGCAUCCUCGACCACUCUGUCAUUAAAAAAGUCCCCAUCCCCUCCAAGCUGAACGGCUCCUCCCUCUCGGCGCUGUCCCUCUCCAAGGAGGGCCUGGGGAUGGGCUGCGUGUCCAACCCGGCGGAGGUCUUCUGCUCGGUGCCCGGCCGGCUCUCCCUGCUCAGCUCCACCUCCAAGUACAAGGUGACGGUGGGCGAGGUGCAGCGCCGGCUCUCACCACCAGAGUGCCUCAACGCCUCCCUGCUGGGCGGAGUCCUGCGCAGGGCCAAGUCCAAGAACGGGGGCCGCUGUCUGCGCGAGCGUCUGGAGAAGAUCGGCCUCAACCUGCCCGCAGGCCGACGCAAGGCGGCCAACGUCACACUGCUCACGUCCCUGGUGGAGGGCGAGGCGGUCCACCUGGCGAGGGACUUCGGCUACGUGUGUGAGACGGAGUUCCCUGCCCGGGCGACCGCAGAGUUCCUGGUGCGGCGCAGCGACCCCGAGCAGCUGCCCCCCCGCCGCAGCAUGCUGCUGGCCACCAAGGAGAUCUGCAAGGAGUUCAUGGACCUGAUGUCCCAGGACCGGUCCCCACUGGGGGGCAGCCGGCCCACCCCCUGCCUGGAGCCCACCGUGCAGGGCAGCCUCACGCACUUCAGCCUGCUCACGCACGGCUUUGGCACGCCCGCCAUCUGCGCCGCGCUCUCCGCCUUCCAGAGCUACCUGCUGGAGGCCGUCAAGGUGCUGGACAAGGGCGAGGGCGGGGGCAAGGGUCACCACGGCGACAAGGAGGUCAAGCACCGGAAAUAGAUGGAGGAGGAGGAGGAGGAGGAGAAGCA